AUGGACGACUCUGUCCGUGAGGAUGGAUUGCGAUACAUUUCCUUCAUUAUCAACAUCACCGAGCCUUUGUCACUACCAGAUUUACGCCUUCUUCUCGGAAUCGACAUUCACUCGCGCCUUAUAGCAUUCUCGGGGCUGAUCUCUAUCCCUUCCUCUAGCUCGCCUGAACCUGUCCAAAUCGCACAAACCUCAUUCCGCGAGUUUGUUCAGAAUCGCGUACGGGCUUCCGGCUACGUCAACACUUCUGCUAUCCACGCCCCCUUGGCCGUCCGCUGUUUUCGCACAAUGGCGACAUUGCUCAAACGUGACAUAUGCGGACGCCAUGAUGCCCCGUCCCUUUAUGACUUUUCUCAGAAGCGUGAUGCCAUCCCCCGCGCCCUUAAAUAUGCCUCCCACCAUUGGCUGUACCAUCUUCAGCACGCUAGACGAGAUGAUGAACUCCACUCUUGCCUUCUCGAUUUUCUCGAGAAGCGGCUUCUCUACGCCAUAGAAAUGUACGCGAUCCUUGGCAAGCUACAUACUGCAACUGGAUUAUUCAGAGCCGCUCGAGAAACUGUCAAGAACUGGACAGAUGGCUCAUUUCCGCGCAAAACCGACGCUCUAGCUCUACUUUAUGACGCUUGGAGAUUCAUCAUGUGCUUCUAUGACCCUAUCAGUGUAUCACCUCUUGAGGUCUACAACUCUGCCCUCCCAUGCUGCCCCACGACGUCGCUACUACGUUUUACAUAUCGCCAUAUGCUUGAGGAACUUAGCUGGAAUAGAAUUGAAGAAGGUCUGGACGCCCAGUGGGAUCCUGUUAUCCGUGUCAUAGAUAUGAAAACAGAGGACUUCGAACUCGCACCUUCUCCAGACGGCUCGCAAGUUGCGACACUUUCCAGAAAUUCAGAUUCUUCCGAGAUCAAGUUAUGGGAUACUGCGACAGGAACACUCAUCACAUCACAGCGCUUGGAAGGUAUACGAGGGAGCGGGAUCGUCAACGGUGGCCCUUUUCUUGCAUACCGCGACAAUCAAAACUGUUAUCUAUGGAGACUACAUCAGCCACCUGUGGUACCUAUAUCCGCGCCACCGAACGAAGAAUUCUUUGGACCCGUAGCCAUUUCACACGACAGAACCAGAAUCGUGUUGUUCUCCGUCUCCAGGGCUGCAGCCGGAAAGGGCAUCGUCGCUCGUAUCUAUUGUGUCAGUACUCUUGAGCCACUCGCUCACUGUUCCUUGCCUCUUCGUACCGUAGAGACGCCUCUGGAAGUAGCCGUGGACUUCUCAUCCAGGGACGACUGCAUGCUUGUCCAAGCAAGCUCAUCCGUGCUCAAAUCAUCGAUCAAUCCUAGUGCCUUCUUCCUUUUUGAUCCUUCGGACGGACAUCUCCUAUGGCAGGGCGAGCAAGAGUCAUCGUGGGCCAUCUUCAGUCACACCGAUGACAUUCUCACUGUCGCAGCGGCUCCGUCCUCAAACAAGCGCAGCUGGAAGUUAUCCCUAAUGACCAGGGUGAUGUCGCUGCAGGAUACACUCGCCGCCGCAUCACCCUCUGGGACAAGGUCGAAAUCCUUGAUGGGACCACCGGGUAGUCAUAGAAGACGGCUGAGAGAUCUUCUCCGCAGUCCUAAGAAGCCCUUUGCCUCCGCUAGCAGCGAUGAGAACUUCCUGAAAGUGGUACCGCCGUCAACGUCACCAAUAUACCCGCAUGCCAUCGAAUUCUCCGACCAACUGGUCGCUAUCAAACAGGGAGAUCACAUCGCUACAGUUCACGACCAAAAACGAUCUGCUUGGCGGUCUUCCAUUGGGGAGUGCUUUGGCAUCGCACGGAAAUCUAGGCAAUUUUGGAUCGUUGACCUCGCUCAGAUUAUCCUGCAACCCGACGGAAAGUCCCAGCUCUCUACCUCCGAGGUCCCUGCCGACUACCAGCUGGUGUGCAUUUCGGGAAAUGCCGACUUAAAGGCUUACAAGUCAACGACAGCGACAGAACGGUACCUCGUUUACCGUUUCGAAGACGCCACCACAGCAUAUUCUAUCCUCCGCGAGAUUACACCAGAGACGCCUGGUACCACUUCCAAUCCCUACUCGGCGUCUACUGCCUGUUGUGCAUUUUCCCCACACUCUACCUACUUCGCGACGGCGACCGGUUACAAACGCCAGAUUGAGGUUUGGAGCGUCAGCUCAGGGCAUCCAAUAGGACAUGCGCCAAUCUCGAUGAAGCUGCACGUGUCGACCUCGACUAUCAAAUUUUCAUCGGACGAUAAACUUGUGGCGCUUGCAGCACAGGAAUCGGCGUUGAUCUGGAGAAUUUUCGUAUUCUCGCUGAAAGACGGUGGCGUGAAGAACGAAGGUUCAACCAUCGUCGCCCCAGAGACGUCCGGUACUGAAGGAUCUCGCGGCUCUCGUGAAUCGGACUGCAGGAUUGUUUCCGUUACCAUAGACGCUGUCGACUUCCUGAGCGCCGACGGAAACUGCAGAUUCAUCCGACAUCUUCGAUGGGAGCUGGGGACGUCGAACAUUCUCACGAUUUCGCUCAUUCCAAACCUUGGUUCAAUCAGGAGGCUGGCGUAUAGCCCGAGCUUCAAGAGAAUUCACCUUCGGGACAGAUCAACGGAGUACGCAUUGAACAUGACGACGGCCAGUCCCUCAGAAGCGGGAGGUGCGGGACAGACAUACGAGGUUGAAGAAGGCAAGAAUCCGGAUGUAUACUAUGACAGUUUCUCCUGGUCAGAUCUUUGCUUGUGCAACGAUGGAUGGCUCCAACAGCGCUAUCACAAGAUUUGUUGGCUCCCUGUGCAAUACAGGCCGCUUGAACUUGAAGAAAAGGGAUUACAGCUGAUCGUCGCAGGAGACAAAGUGACUAUAUUACAUCUACGCGAUGGAAAGCGGGUUACCAUACGAGUCCCAAACCUGAGCACCGAUAUCAGAUACUUCGAGUAG